AUGAAUGAACGUGGACAGUGGGACGAGGAGAUCCUCAACGACCUCUUUGAGGAAGCAGACGUGCGCAGGAUCGUCGCUACCCCCAUAGCUACUCACUUGCCGGACUCUUGGCGGUGGGUGGGUGACAUUCGAGGAGCUUACUCGGUCAAGCAUGGAUACAAGAUAUUAACAGCCGACUAUGCUCUGCAUACACCUGGGGAGUUCGUUGUGUGGGAGAAGAUUUGGGGCUUACAAGUUCCGCCUAAGGUACGCAAUCUAAUUUGGCGCUGCACCCGUGGCAUCCUCCCGGUUCGUGAAAACUUGAAAUCUAAAAGUGUGUGGAUUGGGGACCGAUAUCCGCUUUGUGGGCAGCACGUGGAAACAGCCGAGCAUUUGUUAGGCGACUGUUGGAUAGCACGGCAAAUUUGGAAGAAAGACGACGUGUUGCAAGGGGCUUCUAUUCAAGCUUUCAUUGAAACAGUUUUAUCCAGCUCAUGUGGGGAGAGGGUUGUGCAUAUGGCUGCUGUUUUUUGGAUGUUGUGGACCAUGAGGAAUGAUCGAGUGUGGAGGAACAAAAUGUGGGGAAUAGCAGUGAUACACAAUCACAUUCUUGGGCUGAUCUCCACAUGGAAUGACGCUUACAAGCUGGCAGCGUCUAGAGCAUGUAUGGCUGAUGUUUGUGUGAUCUGGGAACCUCCGCCAUGGCACUGGCUCAAAUGCAACGUAGACGCCGCAAUUUUGGCUGACAACGUGGGCUUCGGGGCGACAAUACGAGACCACGGGGGUAGAUUCGUGGCAGCGAAGAAUGGUCGGUUGGUCUGCAAUUGGGAUCCGUUGAUGGCAGAGGCUUGCGCGGUUAAAGAAGCUCUCUUUUGGCUUCGUGAUUCUAUUGUGAAGCAAUGUUUAUUGAUUGCUAGCGAAUCGAGUCAAGAGAUCAGCGAAUCGAGUCCAUUGGGAACGUUGUUGUUCGCCAUGUCAAGAGAUCAGCGAAUCGAGUAG